AUGCGCUGGCUGCUGCUGAUUCUGGCCGCCAAAGCCGAAUUGGAGUAUGAGUUGGUGGUGCCUGAGGCCACCAGGCCUGGUUCUCUUGUCCGGCGUGAGGAACUGGAUGAGGAGGCAUUGGAGGUGCUCAUGCUCUUGGAGACAGAUGCCGAGUGCAUUCAUACGGCAAAAAAUGAUUUACCCAAGUGGGCAGCGGCUGGAAAUCACAUCGUAGCGGCUUGUGCUUAUCCAGCCGCGUUUAGCUUCAAAGCCUUUGCUGCAGCAGCAGGCUUGCGAAAAGGUUGCCUUCCCAAAGGUGGAGAGUGCAACUUGGAGAAGACCUUGAACACCUUGCGGAGCUUGCUCGGUGAAUUCAAGGUGAAGAUGCAUGAACUUGCGCCGAGCAUGCGGCUGCCUUUGGAAAUAGCCAGCACGGUGCGACGCUUUGUGUUGGAAGAGACCGAAAUCAUCACAGCCGCCUUUCAGAAGCUUUGGAGUACCGAGGCUUUGCAAGUCUGGGUUGCCAAUCCUUUAGCACUGGCAGGAACUGCGUUGCGGACAGCAAGCUUCGCUGGGGAGCGGCGUCGCAUCCUGUGGUGGCGAAGCAAUAUGUUGCAGUCCGUGGUGGAUUUCGGUCUUGGUCACCUGGCAGAACUGGUUGCGCCACGCUCCGACUUCCUCCUAACUCGUCAGGGAGCGUUGGAGGAGCUACUGGGUGGUCCACCUGCUGCUGGCCUCACACUGGUAGAGGUGGGCGUUCAUCUCGCCCGGCUCGCCUUUGCAAUUCUGGGCACUCACCAUGGCCUUCGAUAUAUUGGUGUUGAUCCCUUCGCAUAUGGCGAAGAGACUUCACCAGAGUCUCGCCUGCGACAGUUGCGGGACCUGGGUCUAUCUCCCGAAGAGGAUGGUGGCUUCGGUGCCUACGAACUCAGUUCAGAGGUUCGACGAGCCGCCGAGUACAAGCUGAACCUCUUUGGCGACAGAGCCAAACUGCUCGCAAUGCCUUCUGUUGAGGCAGCUGCAAUGGUGCCUGACCAGUCCGUGGAUGGCGUUUUCAUUGAUGGAGAUCAUUCGUACCGCGAAGUGGUCAACGACAUUGAUGCCUGGGAGCCGAAGGUGAAGCAGGGAGGUUUCCUGAGUGGUCACGACUUUGGGAACCAUCCAGAUGUGGCACGUGCUGUACUAGAACGCGCGGCAGAGUUCAACCGGACGGUCCACCUGUCAAUGGAUUGGUUCUGGUACUACUAUCUUUGA